AUGACUGGCGUGCAAGAAGGGGACCUGGCGUCGCCGAGCGUCCUGCGCGUGGGUCUUGAGAUCGAAAACAUUGGCGAACGUGUGCCGUCCUCCAAGAAGCGCUUCAGCUGGCGCUUUGUCUUUGCCGACUCGGAGGAAGUCCACACAGUUACGCUGGAACACUCGCGCGUGUCGUCGAAAAAGCGUGUGAAACUGGAUGGGAAGCGCAUUGGUGCCUCCGAGAGCUACACGGCGGGGCCAUGGACCUUCGAAUUCAGCGUCCCGUGCUAUCCGACCGUGCCGUUCCAAGUCGUGAUCAAAGAUUUGCCGUCGUUGGGGUUGCUGGAACGCGCUCGAGCAAACUUGAACCCAGACAUCUUGUACUCGUUUUGGGCACACGGUAAAAAUUGGGAGGCAUUGACAGACCGACCUACAAAGUACGAGAGCGCGGGGUUUGCGAAUCGAUGGAGCAGCAUGUCGUACUGUCGCCGCGUGCAGUUCACCGUAGACAGCAAUCAGCAAAAGGACGUGCGUGUGUCGUGGUUGUUUACGUUUGGCCAAGACGGCGACGUACAUCAGCUGUUGCUGGAAGAUUGCGCGGACGGGAGUAAGAUCCUCGUGCUGGAUCGCAUGAGUCUGCGUCACGACCAGCCGACGGACUCGGCGCUGACGUUGGACCUCGUAGACGAGAUCAAUCAGGACGGGUGGGUCGCGCAGCAUGCGAUCGGCGACACCGAACAUGAGAUGAUGGUGCGUGUGUUGCACGACGCGCCUUCCCUCGAAGCCAAGUACGUGCUGCACAUCAAUGGCUGUCCGUGGGCCGACAUGGCCGCGACAGACUACGUGUUGCAGCCUGGGUACUACCCCGUCCACUCGAAAUCCGCGGGGAAGGUGUACUACCGAGAUGAAGUGAACAAGGUGACGGUGUGGGAGAAGCCCAUCAUGCCUCGGUCGACCAGCAUCGUCGAUGCACCCACAAUACCCACGGACUCGAACGAGGAGGCGCCGGCCAAGUGCGUGGACCUCGACGAGCUGCUGGUCCAACCCAUGGCGGACCUGAUGAACUUUUCGGACGACGGCGACCACCAAGACGAUGGGGCGACUUCUGGCUCGAGCGGUAGCAGCAGUCCCAAGGACCCGACAACCUCCGAGACCACUCCAGCCGUAGCAGCAGUCGACUUGUUGGCCUAG